GUACCUACUCAAAAUUACUAACUAAUUGUUACUUACCUAAAAAAAAGAGAGGGCGGAGAGGCAUUCUCCUUUGCAGCGCAACUAUGGCGACGAUUGUGAAGAACACCGUGUUGAGCUUCGUGAAAGUUUCUGCUAUGGUUGGGUUUGGCUACGCAAUUGACAGUACUUAUAAGAGUCAGCUUCCCUUCGCCGUGAUGUUCCUGGUUUUAAUGGCGUGCUCUAUCUCUGUUGUGCUGGUAGUCAUGGUCGUGGAGUCACUCAAGGGAGGUCGGAAGCAGAGUCAGUCGACGAUCGAAGGGAUCACCGAGCCGGCGAAAAAGGAAAAUUGAUUGUGAGAUCCUAAUCUUUCGUUUGUGAUGGUGGUAGCUUCUGAUCUUCCAUAUAUGUUGUAGGGUUCGUGUGAAUGAAAUUCUCAUGGGCUUGGUUAUGUAAUAGUUGCAAUCAGGAUCAGUUGAAAGAAGUUCCUCUUGUUAUGUGAAUUGUGCGUUUAAAUUGUGUAUUGAUUCCUCACAGAAGACUAUGCCUAACACGUGCUCGAUGAAAUGUCCCUGAGAAAGCAUAGUUGGAAAAAUUCCUCUUGGUUAUGCGUUAUGUGUUAAUGUGCCAUGAUUUCAUAGAUAAGCGGCAAUCUCAGACGUUUAUCACUUACGUUGCCAUUUUGCUCUGAUUUGCAGUUCGUGCAUUUCCAGCAUCGGUUCAUUCUAACGCCUCACGGUGUUCACCUUUAACUAAAACGGCAAAGAACUG